GUGUGUGUCAGUGUUACUGUGUUUUUAGUUUUGAUUUAUUUGCUCCCGGUUCCUCCAAUUCAGAUCCCAAUGGAAAGAGGUGGAUACAGAAAUAGAGGCGGCGGCGGCGGCGGCGGCGGCGGCCGUGAAGGUGGCGGUGGCAGUGGCAGAGGAAGAGGGUUUUAUCGGCAACCACAAUCUGGUGGUGGCAGUGGCAGAGGCAGAGGAUCUUCUUCCCAAUCACAACAACAAUGGCAGCAAAGGCCGAACCCCUCUUCUUCCUCAACCCAGACUUAUAGCGAUAGUGGAUCAUCUUCAAAUCCUCCUCAACCCUCCAAAUCCAAACAUCUUCCCCCUCAAAUUCAUCAACCAGAUAUUGGAGUGCUGCAAAUAUCAGAUUCAGAGCAGGCAGUGGGAAAGAUUACACCCGUGCACAGGCCUGAUAAAGGCGGAACGCUAGCAAUUCGAUACUGCAAUCUGCGAGUGAAUCAUUUUCCGGUGACCUUCAAUCCACAAAGCAUAAUCAUGCACUAUAAUGUGGAUGUGAAGGCGAAGUUGCCGCCGAAAAAGGGUCAGCAUCCUAAGAAGAUUUUAAAGUCCGAGUUGUCCAUGAUUAGGGACAAAUUGUUCUCUGAUCAUCCCCAGAGGUUGCCUUCAUUGAUGACUGCCUAUGAUGGUGAAAAGAACAUCUUCAGUGCGGUGCCUUUGCCCGAGGAAACCUUUUCUGUGGAUGUCUCUAAAGGAGAGGAUGAAAGGCCCAUUUCAUAUAAUGUUACUUUGACACUCGUGAACAAGCUCGAGCUCCGCAAGUUGAAGGAUUACCUCAGUAGCAAUGUCCUCUCCAUUCCUAGGGAUAUUUUACAGGGGAUGGAUUUGGUGGUGAAGGAGAACCCAGCUAGGCGCACUAUUUCUGUGGGAAGAAGCUUCUAUCCCACAAAUCCUCCAUUGGUAGAGAGGGAUCUUCAACAUGGAAUAAUUGCAAUAGGAGGGUUUCAACAUAGUCUCAAGACUACCUCUCAAGGUUUGUCCUUAUGCCUGGACUAUUCGGUUUUGUCUUUUCGAAAGAAAAUGUCUGUCUUAGAUUUCCUGCAUGAGCAUAUUGAGAAUUUCAAUUUGGCUGAGUUUCGGAAAUACAAGAAAUAUGUGGAGCAGGCACUUAUUGGAUUGAAAGUAAAUGUCACCCAUCGGAGAACCAAACAGAAAUACACUAUUGCCAGGUUAACAUCCAAGGAUACACAGCAUAUCGAUUUCACUAUUGUGGACCCCCAGGGCCAAAAUCCCCCGAAGAACAUUAGUCUUCUUGCCUACUUUAAAGAUAAAUAUAAUGUGAACAUUCAAUACAAAGAUAUUCCAGCCUUAGACUUUGGAGGGAAUAAGACGAAUUAUGUACCUAUGGAGUUAUGCAUCUUAGUUGAGGGUCAAAGAUACCCUAAAGAGCAUUUGGACUAUCAUGCUUCCAAGACUCUGAAAGGUAUGUCAUUGCCUCAUCCAAGGGAGAGGGAAGCUGUAAUACAGACGAUGGUGAAGUCCAGCGAUGGACCAUGCGGCGGUGGUAUUCUUCAAAAUUUUGGAAUGAGUGUCAACACUUCCAUGACAAACUUGAAAGGACGUGUCAUGGGGCCCCCAGUAUUGAAGUUAGGUGAUCGAAAUGGCAAGAUUAUUAGUAUGACACUGGAUCCAGAGAAAUGUCAAUGGAAUCUAGUUGGAAAGUCGAUGGUGGAAGGCAAGCCAGUUGAGUGUUGGGGCAUUCUUGAUUUUACCAGCAAUGGCCAUAAUUGGCGCAAAUUAAAAGGCAAGCAAUUUGUUCAGAACCUUAUUGAUAAGUACAGAAAAUUGGGGAUUUACAUGAAGGAGCCUGUUUGGUAUGAAAGUUCCGAAAUGUGGAAACUUGGGAAUUAUAAUUUACUAUGUGAGUUACUUGAAAAAAUUAAUGAUAGGGUUCAAAAAAAAUGUCAACGCCGCCUGCAAUUUCUUCUUUGUGUGAUGGCCGACAAGGAUCAAGGUUACAAGUGGCUCAAGUGGAUUUCUGAGACCAGGGUUGGCAUAGUGACACAAUGCUGCUUGUCUGGUAAUGCUAAUGAGGGUAAAGACCAAUAUCUUACAAAUCUUGCUCUCAAGAUCAAUGCGAAAAUUGGAGGCAGUAAUGUGGAGCUCAAUAAUACGCUCCCACACUUAAAGGGCGAAGGUCAUGUCAUGUUCAUAGGGGCUGAUGUCAAUCAUCCAGGUUCCCAGGACACCAAUAGUCCAUCAAUUGCUGCUGUGGUUGCCACAGUUAAUUGGCCUGCUGCAAAUCGCUAUGCAGCACGUGUUUGUGCUCAAGACCGUCGGACUGAGAAAAUUUUGAAUUUUGGAGAAGUUUGCCUCGAGCUUGUUGCCUACUAUGAUAGGUUGAACAAAGUCAGGCCUGAAAAAAUUGUUAUCUUUCGUGAUGGCGUGAGUGAGAGCCAAUUUGAUAUGGUUCUUAGUGAGGAACUACAAGAUUUGAAGACGAAAUUUCAUCGCUCAAAUUACUUCCCAACCAUCACUCUUAUUGUAGCACAAAAACGACAUCAGACUCGAUUGUUUCCAGCAGGUGCGAGGGAGGGGACUUCUAGUGGCAAUGUGUUCCCUGGAACAGUUGUUGACACAAAAGUCGUACACCCUUUUGAAUUUGACUUCUACCUUUGUAGUCACUAUGGAAGCCUUGGUACAAGCAAGCCCACUCACUAUCAUGUCUUGUGGGAUGAGCACAAAUUCACUUCUAAUGAUUUGCAGAAACUCAUAUAUGAUAUGUGUUUUACAUAUGCAAGGUGCACUAAACCUGUAUCUUUAGUCCCUCCGGUGUACUAUGCCGACCUUGCUGCUUAUAGAGGACGAUUAUACUAUGAAGCAGGGAUUGGGGUGCAAUCACCAAACUCAGCUGCAUCUUCUUCUUCUUCUUCAUCGCCUAUGGCUUCUUCAUCACUUUCUUCAACAACCUCGCAGUCAAAUGAUCCAGGGUGUUACAAGUUGCAUGCUGAUGUGGAAAACGCAAUGUUCUUCAUCUGAAGGACCUACAUCUGUGCUUCCUUUCUGUUAUGACAGAAGAACUCAAAACUUCUGUGCGCCCUCUUUUCUUUUGGUAAAACUUUUCUGCUCUCUUUGCAUUGGGACAAACUACUUUUCCUACUUGAAAUAGUUAAGUAGUUUGUGCGUGAAUCUAACGGGUCGUGUGUCGUGAAACUGUCUUGUCCUUAGUCCUAUUGAAGUCGGAUGUUGUUCAUGUAAUUUUAGUUGGUAAAUGUUCUUAGGGUUUGAGUCAUUUUGCUGAUAUGUAAGUCUGAUGUUGUGUCUGGUAGCUGGUUUCAUGAGUCAUUGUGAACCUGCUUAAAUAAAAGGUAUUAUCUAUCGUUUUAUGAUAUCUGUUAUUAUAUUUUCUGAAAGGGACUGCAUACCAUGUAGCAGUGCUUA